CUGUUCAUUUCUCAAUUGGCAACCAGAGUUUUCUGUACUCGAAGGGAAAAUCGCAGCGAGACCCGUAAAUCCUAAGCCCGAGCUCAAUUCCCUCCACGGUGUUUCUAUUUUGCUCGUCGAUUAACUCGAAUCAGGUCGGAAUGGCGGGAAGUGGCAGUGUGAAGGCGAACCCAACGAAAGCAAGAAAGAGGGUGGAGGCCGACAAUGGUGCUUCUGGUACUUCCAUGGUACGCGCCAGGAAUGGCAGCGCAUUUACUCGAUGUGAAGAGUGCAAGAAGGAUGUUGCUGUGGCUCUCAUCGGUAUGCAUAGUUGCAGCCUUGACGCCAAAAUCAAGAUGAACUUAGAGGCUCAAGUCGUGGAAAACCCUGCUGAGGUUAAGCCAACGAAGAAGAAGGCAGCCGAAAGGAACGCUACGGAAGUGGCAGAACCGAACGCAAAGAGAACCAAGAAAGAGAAGAGGGCUGCCAAAGAUCCAAACAAGCCAAAACGCCCUCCCACUGCCUUUUUCAUCUUCAUCGGGGACUUCAGGAAAACAUACAAGGAAGCAAAUCCCGACUCCAAGGAUGUUAAGAAGGUAGCCAAGGAAGCUGGGGAGAAGUGGAAAUCCAUGACAGAUGAAGAGAAGAAACCUUACUUGGAAAAGGCUGCUCAGCUUAAGGCUGAUCAUGGGAAGACCUCUGGCAAUAGCAGUGAUACUGGGCCUGAGAAUGGAGCUGCAGCAGACAAGGAGGGUGAAGAUGAUGGUGAAGAGGACACAAAGGCGGAUGAAGAGGACUCAAAGAUGGAAGAUGCAGCUGAUGGGAUAGAAGAUGAAUCUGGCUCAGAGUAGCAUCUACCUCAGAAUUUUGAUGUUUUAGCGCUUCCAUUGUAAAUGUUCUCUAUGCCACUCAACUCAAGUAAUUUAGUUGGGUGGUUGCCUUGUGGUUCCUUUCUCUAAUGUAGCUAGUUGCUAAGUGUUCAGCUGCUUAGUGUUAGUUAUAUCUUGAAGAAGCUGGUUUUGGUAUUAUCAUUAGUUCAUCUUUAGUUGAAUGAAGAUAUGUUAAUGUUGGUGGUUGUUUUACUGAACCAAUCGGAAUUUCGGUUUUGCUUAUAAAAAAUUAUGGUAAUG